GAUUUCAUUAAAAACAGUUGUGAUGGCGAAUAUCGAGAAGAGAUUCCAAAAUGUUGAGAAAGUCGGCAUAUUAGCUAUUUCCACCCUCCUCGACCCAAGGUUUAAAAAACUGCAUUUUGAGAGCGCACUGAACAUAUCAAAAACGAUUUCUUGGAUUGUCGAUAUGAUGCAAAAAAUAACUAGGCAGUGUAGAGAGGAGCAAGCUGAACCAGUCAACAUCGAACCUAGCAAUGACUUGUGGGCUGCCCACGAUACUCUUGCUAGAGAAGCAUCAAAAUACAAAACCAUCGACCAUGCGGGUGGACUACCCGGGGAGCUACGGCAGUAUUUGCAUGGCGAUCUGGCACCGAGAAAUUCCGACCCAGUUGUGGUAUGGAACCAAAUUCAAGGACAGUUUCCAACGCUUUACAAAAUAGCGAUGAAACAUAUGCCAGUACUAGGAACAUCCGUUGCUUCAGAACGACUAUUCAGUAAAGCCGGUCAAACGAUCACAAAGCUGCGAAAUCGGCUCUCGGGACCCCACCUAGAAAUGUUGCUAAUUUUACAGUCAAUAGAAGAGGAUGCAUGGUUCCAGUGACACCACCUACUCACGUCACAGGUUGUCUGGCGUCAGAAAAAACUGCGAACGAUUUAAUUUCGGUUUUUCAAUCAUUCAUUGUCAUUUGAACGUUGAACAUUUUUUAAAUAAAUGUUUUUUUUCUCUCGCUUUCCAAACGUUAACCAGUAAAUUCAUACGGUGCUUCCUAUUUAUUGAUUCGUUUGCCUUAUGUUUAGGAUAUAGAAUUAGAUUACUCAAAUUUAGUGUGAAGUUUUCCGUACAGCAAACUUACUUGCAAACGAAUGCACAAGUACAGAACUGAAGAACUAAUGUAAUCGAAAAAAAAGCUUAGUUGUUCCACUAUUUUACACAGAAUUUGCAGUAGAGAUUCGAUUAUGUUCGAUGUUCGAUAAACCAACUUCGUACUUUGAAAUUCACGGAACAUUUCUAGAGCUUUUUGCCAGAUUUGUCCGUAAAGCCUCACACUUCAAUUUUGUUUAUAAAGAUCAAGUAUAUUGGUUACGUUUUGUUUUUGUACGUAAGGCUCACGCAGAUAGUUAAUCGAUUAUUUCGAUUAAUCGAAUAUCUCGCGUCAACUAAUCGAGUCCGAUUAGCGGACACGAAGAAAAUAAUCGAUUAAUUGAAAAAAUCGGACAUCACUAGACACUAGCAGACGA